AUGAAGAACAUUGUCUUUGCUAUACAUGCUUUUGCUGUAUUCAGACAUACAUUAAGAAUGGUUAUAGAUGGAGGGUUUGAAUACAGAUUUGUAGGGGUUACUAAGAUUCUUUAGGAACUCAAUCAGAUUGUGUACAGAUAAAAUGUAGCUGAAGAUGUUUCUUUUAAAAAAAAUUUCUUUUUCCGAAAGAACCAGGCUAAUGUCAAAUGCAUUAACAGUCCUAUAUAGGUUGAAAGAGAAAAUUUUGAGAUAGUUCCUUUAGAGGUUAUCUAUAAUUAAAUUCCUAUAUAAAAUACAAUUCUGGAUAUCCCGAAGAAUUUAUUUGAUUAGAACAUACAAAAAUCAACUUAGAAUGAAUGA